AUGGCCGACAAUGCUCAUCUCACCCAACUCCCUACGGUCACGGGCGAAGAACCGUCAGACAGCACGAUGGUGUCCGGCACUAGCAGCGACACUGAUGCCUCGUCUGAGGGCCAGUGGGGAGAGCAGGGCACAGAGCCCGUCUCUCGGCGCGGUGCCAUGGAGGACUAUGAAGAGAUGCGCAGGGAAUUGACCCGAUUGAGUUUGCAGCGAACCAAGUCGACAACCAAAGACGCUCAUCGAUUGCGGUCCCGCGCCAGCCAGCACCAGGAUCCCGAAAAGGCGCUCCAGGAGGAGGAUCUCGAGAAGGAGGGCGAAAGCGAGUAUGGUGGUUUUGACUUGACGGAUUUCCUCAUGGGCGGUCAUCUUGAACGGCGUACCACCGCAGGAGACCCGGCGAAGAAAGUGGGCGUUGUCUUCAAGAACCUUACGGUCAAGGGCGUUCAGACCGGCGCUUCUUUUGUUCGAACGCUUCCUGAUGCCGUCAUUGGAACCUUUGGACCGGAUCUAUACAACAUCAUCUGCCGCUUUGUGCCUCAGCUGCGGUUUGGGAAGAAGCCGCCUGUGCGUGACCUGAUCCAUGACUUUACCGGCACUGUCCGUGAAGGAGAGAUGAUGCUGGUGCUUGGUCGCCCAGGAGCCGGUUGUUCAACUUUCCUCAAGGCCAUUGCUAACGACCGCGGUGCUUUUGCUGCUGUUGAAGGUGAUGUCAGCUACGGUGGUCUCAGCGCUGCUGAGCAGGAUAGGCACUACCGUGGAGAGGUCAACUACAACCAGGAAGACGACCAGCACUUUCCAAACCUGACUGUCUGGCAGACGCUCAAGUUCUCUUUGAUUAACAAGACCAAGAAGAACGACAAGGAAAGCAUUCCGAUUAUCAUUGAUGCCCUGCUGAAAAUGUUCGGUAUCACCCACACGAAGAACACCCUUGUCGGGAACGAGUACGUCCGCGGUGUCUCUGGUGGAGAGAGGAAGCGUGUCAGUAUCGCUGAAACCCUAGCUACCAAGUCGUCCGUCGUCUGCUGGGACAACUCCACUCGCGGUCUCGAUGCUAGCACUGCCCUGGACUACGCCAAGUCUCUCCGUAUCAUGACCGACGUCAGCAAACGCACUACCUUGGUGACUUUGUACCAGGCUGGUGAGAGUAUUUACGAGCUGAUGGAUAAGGUGCUCGUCAUCGACUCUGGCCGCAUGCUAUUCCAAGGCCCUGCACACUACGCCCGACAAUACUUCGUCAACCUUGGCUUCUACUGCCCUGAGCAGUCGACAACGGCCGACUUCCUGACAUCGCUUUGCGACCCUAACGCCCGUCAGUUUCAGGAAGGCCGCGAGGCAUCGACACCGAAGACUCCCGAGGAACUUGAGGCUGCUUUCCGGCAGAGCGAGUACUACAAGCUUAUUCAGAACGAAGUUCAGGCCUACGAGGAUCAGCUCCACGACACGAACUGUGCCGAUACCCAACGCUUUCAGAAGACUGUCCAAUCGUCUAAGAGUAAGACUGUCUCGAAGAAGUCCCCUUAUACUGUCUCUAUCGCCCGCCAGGUGGCUGCUUGCGUGCGUCGCGAGUUCUGGCUUCUCUGGGGUGACAAGACUUCUCUCUACACCAAGUACUUUAUAAUCAUCUCGAACGCCUUCAUUGUCUCUUCCCUAUUCUAUGGCGAGGCGAUGAACACCAAUGGUGCCUUCCCUCGUGGUGGCGCUCUUUUCUUCUCGAUUCUCUUCCUUGGUUGGCUGCAGUUGACUGAACUGAUGCCUGCGGUUUCCGGACGUGCUAUUGUCGCGCGACACAAAGACUAUGCUUUCUAUCGACCGUCCGCCGUUGCAAUUGCCCGCGUGGUUGUCGACUUCCCGGCUAUCCUCUGCAUGUGUAUACCGUUUACCAUCGUCGUCUAUUUCCUUGCUGGUCUCGAUGCUACGGCUUCCAAGUUCUGGAUUUACUUCCUGUUCGUGUAUACCACAACCUUCUGCAUCACGUCUAUGUAUCGCAUGUUCGCCGCGCUGUCCCCGACUAUUGACGAUGCCGUCCGGUUUUCUGGUAUUGCUUUGAACGUUCUGGUCUUGUUCGUCGGUUAUGUCAUUCCGAAGCAAGGUCUCAUUGAUGGCUCGAUUUGGUUCGGAUGGCUGUUCUAUGUCAACCCGCUAUCGUACAGUUAUGAGUCUGUCUUGUCCAAUGAGUUCUCUGACCGAGUCAUGGCCUGCGAUCCUUCUAUGCUGGUCCCGCAAGGUCCUGGCGUUAGCCCCGAGUACCAGGGUUGCGCUCUCACCGGAUCCAAGCUCGGCUCAACCGACGUUGCAGGAAGCGAUUACUUGAGUACAACAUUCCAGUUCACGCGUCACCACCUCUGGCGCAACUUUGGUGUUGUCAUCGCUUUUACUGUUUUGUACCUGCUGGUCACUGUCAUCGCCACGGAGACUCUGUCUUUUGUCGGUGGCGGUGACGGUGCCCUGGUUUUCAAGCGUUCCAGUAAUGCUAAACAAAUCAAAGCUGCCACGGAAAAGCCCAACGACGAAGAAAACGGCCAGGGCGAUGCAGUGACGCAGUCUGGAGGCAACAAUGAAGCCGCUUUCAAUCGUAUUUCUUCUAGUGAGCGCGUCUUCACCUGGGACAACGUCGAAUUCACGGUUCCUUAUGGAAAUGGGACUCGAAAGCUGCUCAACGGUGUCAGUGGUUAUGCGAAGCCCGGACUAAUGAUUGCGUUGAUGGGCGCCUCGGGAGCUGGAAAAACGACUCUUCUUAACACCUUGGCUCAGCGCCAGACUACUGGCGUAAUUUCAGGCGAUAUGUUCGUGGACGGCCGCCCUCUCAGCACUGAUUUUCAGCGGGGCACUGGUUUUUGUGAACAGAUGGACUUGCACGACGCAACUGCUACGAUCCGCGAGGCUCUUGAAUUCUCGGCUCUGCUUCGUCAGGACCGCAACAUUCCCCGUGAGGAGAAGAUUGCGUACGUGAAACAGAUCAUCGACCUUUUGGAACUAGAAGAAAUUCAAGACGCCAUCAUCGGCUCACUCAAUGUCGAGCAGAAGAAGCGCGUCACCAUUGGUGUCGAAUUGGCGGCGAAGCCUAGCCUUUUGCUCUUCCUUGACGAACCUACCAGUGGUCUGGACAGCCAGGCUGCGUUCUCGAUUGUUCGCUUUUUGAAGAAACUGUCUCAAGCUGGGCAGGCCAUUGUCUGCACCAUCCACCAGCCCUCCUCCAUGCUGAUUCAGCAAUUUGACAUGAUUCUCGCCCUCAAUCCCGGUGGCAACACUUUCUACUUCGGCCCGGUAGGAAAAGAUGGCAAGGAUGUGAUCAAGUACUUCGCUGACCGCGGCGCUGUUUGUCCACCGGCAAAGAACGUGGCCGAGUUCAUCCUGGAGACCGCCGCGAAGCCCAUCAAGCGCGACGGUAAGACAGUCGACUGGAACGAAGAAUGGCGUACCUCUGAGCAAAGCCGCCAGGUCAAGGAGGAAAUUGAACGGAUCUACAAGGAACGCCGGGACGCUACAGCCAAUGAGGACCAGUCCGCGCAAUACGAAUUCGCUGCGCCGACUUGGCUCCAAUGCUAUCUUCUCACUCGUCGCGUCUUUACCCAGUACUGGCGUGACCCGUCCUACUACUACGGCAAGCUCUUCACCUCUGUUAUCAUCGGUAUCUUCAACGGCUUCACCUUCUGGAUGCUCGACAACUCCAUUGCGUCCAUGCAAAACCGCAUGUUCUCUCUCUUCCUGAUCAUCCUCCUCCCACCCAUCUUCCUCAACUCCACCCUCCCCAAGUUUUAUAUGAACCGCGCCCUCUGGGAAGCCCGUGAAUACCCCUCUCGAAUCUAUGGGUGGGUCGCCUUCUGCACCGCCAACGUGGUCGCUGAGAUACCCGCAGCCAUCAUCUCCGCCACGGUCUACUUCCUUUUGUGGUACUUCGCUGUGGGGUUCCCUGUCACCGCAUCCGCCUCGGGCUAUGUCUUCCUCAUGACCAUGCUCUUCUUCCUCUUCAUGGCAUCCUGGGGUCAAUGGAUUUGCGCCUUCGCCCCCUCCUUCACGGUUAUCUCCAAUGUGCUGCCGUUCUUCUUCGUUAUGACCGGUCUCUUCAACGGUGUCGUCCGCCCCUACGAUGACUACCCCGUCUUCUGGAAAUACUGGAUGUAUUAUGUCAACCCGGUAACCUGGUGGAUUCGCGGCGCUAUCUCCGCUAUCUUCCCCAGCGUCGAGAUCACCUGCGCCGCCACUGAAGCGACCCACUUCAACCCGCCCCCUGGCUCGACUUGCUCUGACUACGCCUCCAACUUCGUGAACAACAUUGCCGGCGCUGGAUACCUGGCUAACCCGGAUGCGACAAGUGACUGUCAGUACUGCCCGUACGAGAAUGGAACGCAGUACAUGAGCACUCUGAAUGUGCGGCCCGACGACAAGUGGCAUUCUUUUGGGAUCUUCCUAGCCUUUGUCAUCAUCAACUGGGUGCUUGUUUACUUCUUCAUCUACACCGUUCGGGUGAGGAAGUGGUCAUUCGGGAUGGGGUCUUUGUUUGGUGGUAUCGGGGCUGUGCUCAGUGGCAUCAAGAAUGUUUUCGCAAAGAAGAAUUGA